AUGACCACUAUAGAAAUGACUAGUACUAUGAUUCCUUUAAAUAAUACUGAAGCUACAAAUAUAACAUCGAAUUCAUCAUCAUUUGAAACAAAUCCAUUUGUAAUUGACUUAACUAAAUCAUUUCAUGUGAUCAAUAAACCAUUGGCUGUAUUUUUAUUUAUUUGUGUAUGUAUUGCUUGUUUAUUCUUUAUUAUUAUUAUCUUAUUAUGUAUACGUGCUUGUAUAAGACGUAAAUAUGUUCCAAAAGUAUUACGUAAACGUCCAAAAGGAAUAUAUAUUGAUGAAAUACCUGGUUUAACACAAAAUAAUGAACAAUAUAAAUAUGGAUCAAUUGAAUAUUCAUUAGAAUAUAAUAUAGAUCGUAAACAAUUAAAAGUUGGUGUAUUACAAGCGAAUAAUUUAAUUGGACCAAUUAGUUCUGAUUCAUUAGAUCCAUAUACAACAGUUACAUUAGCUAAAUAUGAUGGACAUAAUUUACGUAUUAUUGGUAAACAAGAAAGAACUAAUAUUGUAUUGAAUACAAAUCGACCAGUUUGGAAAAAAUCAUUUACAUAUGAUGUAGAAGAACAUGAUCUUAAUCAUACUGUCAUUAUAUAUGAAGUAUUCGCUCAUGAUAGUAUAUGUCAAGAUAUUAGUAUUGGUAAAUUAGAAAUAUAUCUUAAAGAUGAAGAUUAUAGUGAAUAUGCUGGAAAUAUUAUAGAACGAACUGGUUGGUUAACAGCUGGUACAAUUUAUAAAUUUGGUCUUGGUGAAUUAUGUAUUGGUGUAGGUUAUUAUCCAAAUAAUAAUUUACCACAUAUUGAUGUAUGUAUAUAUGAAUGUAGACAAUUAAAUCUAGAUGAUUAUUUACCUAAAUCAAAACAACGUGAAUUAGAUAUCUUAAUUAUAUUGAAACAUAAAAAGCAUAUUGUUUAUCGUCAAAAAACGCAUAAACGUAAAGAAUUAAUUAAUCCAUAUUUUAAUGAGAAAAUUAGUAUCCCUUUAAAGAAUAGCAAUGCUACUAUCAAUACUACUACUAAAACUACUAGUAGUAGUAGUAGUAUUAAUCAAAUUGAAAAUUUUCAUGUUUUCUGUCAAUUAAGACAUGUGAAUCGUUUACAUAUAAAAAAAGUAUUAGGUACUGUGCAUAUUGGAUUAGAUUCAUCACAAGCAAGUGGAAUAAAACAAUGGGAAGAAAUGAUUAAAAGUCCAUCAAAAAUACAUGUAAUGUGGCAUUCUAUUGUACCAGCAUAA